GUGAAAUCAAUUUGUUUCAAUUGGAAAGCCUUGCCAUUACUUUUAACACUUGAACUAAUGUUAUGCAAAAAUACCAUAUUUUAGCAAAAACUAGAGAGACAAAAACUACCCUAAUAUGUUUGUUAUAAUAUUGUUAAUAACUUUCCAGCUAUCUGUGCAGCAGUGCUUGGAUAAAAAGGUCUCGAUCACUAUAAAUUUAGAAGAAUAUGCCGUAUCUGAUCCAGGGGGAUACUCAGAAAAGCUUCUAUGGCAUGUGGCAAUUGUACAACAAGAAGAGAUUGGCGUCAAGUUCUUGUGUAGUGGCACUAUUGUAGGACAACACCAUGUUCUAACAGCUGCUCCAUGUGUGGUGAAUGUUGGCAUCACUGAUUUACGAGUAGUUUCCGGUCUCGCACAUCUACGCAGGUCUACCAACACACUAGUGAACCCUCACAGCGUGUUCACUGUAGUCAAGAAAUACUACAACAAUCACAAAGGUAAUUUAGCAAUUUUAAAACUGGAAAACAAAGCAACUUUCAUAUCUCCUGAGCUGGCGGCAUUUGACAAAACUAUUAAAUAUUCAAAACAAUGUUUUACAUUAGGAUGGGGGAUGCACAAUCAGUCCUCUUAUUCAUCGGGAUGUCAUAAUCCAACUUUUCAAGAUUCAAUCAAAACUAUUGAACAUUACAGUGAACAAAGCAAACCAAUUCUGAAUAAAGUACUGGGUAUUCAGAACAUCAUGGGAUUCAGUAGCAUGUUUAUGUAUCAACUGAGUAAAGUAUUAGAUAUUCUUCCAGGCUUCCAGUUGCACAGAUCUAAUUCAAAAAUGGCUGAUGAUGCAGAACUUGUUUGUCCUGUGGAUGAGUCUCCAAGGCUCAAGGCUGUCAAGAUGACUACUAAGCAUCCUUACAAGUGUUUAUGUCGCAACACCAGUCGUAUCUGCCUCUACAGCAUUGCUACUGAUAUCAUCCAACAGGUAGAUAUUGGUUCGCCAGUGUUUUGUAAGGAGAAGAAGUCUAAAUUAACACCCAGACACCUCCAAACCACAAGUAAAUUUGUUUUAGCUGGUGUAGUAAGCAAUAAAAGAACUGAAGAAAUACGUUGGCUGAAGUUUGAAUCUCCGAUAAAAAUGAUCACUGCCACAAAUGUUACGAUCUUUACAGACUUUAUCCUUGCUGUGAUGUUUGAUAAGAACUAAAAAGAAUUAUUAUGUAUAAAGUCAUAUAUAUGAUUAGGUUAAAUAGUUUAUUUUUAAUGUUUUUAAUUAUUGUUGUUGAUUUUAAUAAAUAUUUU